UCAAGCUCAGACAACGAGCAACUGACCCCAGUAGCCGCUCGUAGAUCGAAUCUAGAUUGCAAGAUGGCAACAACAACAGCAGCUACUUUCUCCAUUGGAUCAGUUACUGGUACCCAGACACGCCAAGUUUCAAACUUUAAGCCCCUCAGCAUGAAGUUGAACUCUGCCAACUCUCUUAAGAGUUUCAGUGGUCUCAAAGCUGCAACAUCUGUAAGCUGUGAAUCAGAGUCAUCGUUCUUGGGCAAGGAAAGCAGUGCUGCUCUUCGAGGCUCAUUUGCACGAAUAGCUGAAGAACAAAACAAGAGAACAGAUAAUUGUGUCCAACCACAGGCUUCUGCUUUCAAAGUGGCUAUUCUUGGAGCUGCUGGAGGAAUUGGUCAACCCCUUGCACUUCUGAUCAAGAUGUCUCCUUUGGUCUCGGAUCUGCAUCUUUAUGACAUUGCAAAUGUUAAGGGAGUAGCGGCUGAUCUCAGUCAUUGCAAUACUCCUUCGCAAGUUCUGGACUUCACAGGUAACAGUGAAUUGGCUAAUUCUCUGAAAGGUGUAGAUGUUGUUGUGAUACCUGCUGGAGUUCCAAGAAAGCCGGGCAUGACUCGUGAUGAUCUCUUCAACAUCAAUGCCAACAUAGUCAAGAACUUGGUUGAGGCUGUUGCAGAUAACUGUCCAGAUGCCUUCAUCCACAUCAUCAGCAACCCAGUCAAUUCUACAGUGCCAAUUGCGGCAGAAGUAUUGAAGCAGAAGGGUGUUUAUGAUCCAAAGAAGCUCUUUGGUGUUACAACUCUGGAUGUUGUUAGGGCAAACACAUUCGUUGCACAGAAGAAGAACCUUAAGCUCAUUGAUGUGGAUGUCCCCGUUGUUGGAGGACAUGCUGGGAUUACUAUUCUUCCGCUGCUCUCAAAGACAAAACCACUUGCUAGUUUCACAGAUGAAGAAGUAGAGGAGCUCACUGUGAGGAUCCAGAAUGCUGGAACUGAAGUAGUAGAGGCAAAAGCUGGAGCAGGAUCUGCAACUCUGUCUAUGGCAUAUGCAGCAGCAAGAUUUGUUGAAUCAUCUCUUCGUGCCCUGGAUGGAGAUGCCGAUGUCUAUGAGUGCGCAUUUGUCCAGUCAGAGCUUCCUGAGCUGCCUUUCUUUGCAUCAAGGAUUAAGCUUGGAAAGAAGGGUGUCGAAGCCCUGAUAUCAGCUGAUCUCCAAGGGUUGACUGAAUAUGAGGCAAAGGCUCUAGAGGUUCUUAAACCAGAACUCAAGGCCAGCAUUGAGAAAGGUGUAGCAUUUGCACAGAAGCAACCGGCGAUGGCUUGAGUUAGAUAUCUUAACCGGUGAAGCUAGAACUUUAUAAGAGGUAAGUAUACUAGUGUUCGAAUAACAAGAGGGUGUAAGAGAGGAGUGAUUCGGACAUAUCAAUUGCUUCAGUGCUUUUCAAUGUUGUUCAUUAGAAUAUUUUUCUCCUUUUUUGGGGCUUUCAGUAGGAUGAAAUGUAGUGCUGGGAUAUAAAUUUUGAAUGUUUUGAAGACUAUUGCAGUUCAGGUGGAGAGCCAAGGCUGAGUAAGAGCAUGUAAUUGUUUUGGUUCCAAAAUUAUGUGGGGCUUCUCCAUACUAUAUGCACCACUCUGAUGCCUUUGUGGUUAUUUGAUACUGGAUUGGCCUGUAUUAGACAAUAACUAAUUCUCUAGAGAUGAAUAUCCUCUCUAUGCA